UUCCAGCAGCAUGGCCAAGAGCAAGUUUGAGUACGUGCGCAACUUUGAAACGGAUGACACUUGUCUGCGGAACUGCUACAUUGUUGUCAGACUGGACGGUCGCAACUUCCAUAAGUUUGCAGAGCAGCACAUGUUUACAAAACCCAAUGACGACAGGGCUCUGGGGCUGAUGAGCAGGAGUGCUCGCUCUGUCAUGGAGGAACUGGAGGAUAUUGUCAUCGCUUAUGGUCAAAGUGAUGAGUUCAGCUUCGUUUUCAAGAGGAGCUCCACCUGGUUUAAAAGAAGAGCCAGUAAGUUCAUGACCCACGUAACCUCCCAGUUCUCCUCCUCAUACGUGUUUUACUGGAAGGAGUUUUUUGGAGAGCAGUCCCUUUUCUACCCCCCAAGCUUUGACGGGCGUGUGGUUUUGUUUCCGAGCAAUCGCAACCUCAGAGAUUAUCUCAGCUGGAGGCAAGCGGACUGUCACAUAAAUAACUUGUUUAACACAGCAUUCUGGAYGUUAGUUCAAAGAGGAGGACUCACUACAGCUCAGGCAAUGGAUCGCUUAAAGGGAACAUURGCAUCAGAUAAAAACGAGAUCCUGUUCUCUGAGUUUGGCAUCAACUAUAACACAGAGUCUGCCGUUCACCGGAAGGGCACCACUCUCAUCUGGGAAAAGCGGGAUGAGACAGUCACAAAACGCAUGAAGCUUCCAAAUGAAGAGGAGAAGGAGGUUUCUGUCACACGGAGCARGAAGAGUGUGGAGGCUCAUCACUGUGACAUUAUUGGGGACCAGUUCUGGGAUGAACACUCAGACAUCCUUGAGAAUGAUAACUGCUAACAGCUACCCACCUCAUGAAAGGGAACACGUAGGAGUUCUUCUCAGCAGCGUGUUUGGAGCUGUAUUUUAUAAAUAGUUUGAUAUGACUCUGUGUUACCAUAUUAUAGCAAUGAUACUUGAUAGAUGCAAUUUAUUUUAUUUUUUAUUUUAUUUUAUUUUAUUCUUUGGAUUUGAAACAUGAUUUUACUUUCAUUGAAUAUUUUUAUACUGAUUUGUUGAAGUGGAAAGGUUUUCCAUGGAGAUGUUCAUCUGCAUCUUGUGUCUUGUCCAGUUUAAGCUCUUAAUACUACUUAUCCAAAAAUAAAUCUUCAUCUGAUAUCAUGAAUGGCAUUUAAAAUACUACCAACAUUUGAUCGUUGAGCAUGUGUCCUCUUGACCCACUGAGGAGUUUCAAAUGUUGUUUUUUUUUUGCCUGACUGAGUUGUGAUGUUGGGAAGGUAAAGUGUUUAACAUUCAUGGUAUGUAGAAGGUUUUAGGUAGAAACUAUCAAAGCUAAACCAAAAUAAAUGGUGGGUUUAUUUCCUGCAGCUGAGGCACCAUGAAUGGAUUCAUUGGUCUGCACUGUCAUCGCCACUAAGAAUACCUCACACACCCUGCGUACACUUGACCCUUCUAACAUGUGCUCUGUGGCAUAUUUAUCGUCGCUCUUAUAAAUGUCUGGCUCAGUGUGAACGGCUGCUGGAAGCCGGAUACUGUAUUCUGUUUCUAGCAGGCUCAGUUACUGUCAAGUGUUGCGGCUGUAUUUUUGGUUCUGGGAGUUAAAAGCAUGUGGUUACUGUACUUCAUGGAACAAGACUUGCACUUCCUAGUGCAACAUUUGGAAACUAAAUACAACAAAAUAAAGUUUGUUUUAAUGAGA